AUAGUCGCUCCUGACAGCCAACAAGGUCGACAACACUAUCGAAACCAACACGUGUGGUGGCUUGAAUCCAAGGCCCGUAUACCCUUCGCCAUACAAUUUCCUCUCACCGGAAUCAUACGAUGUCUUCGGGACCAGUCCCAAGCUUCCAGAAUGACGCCAACUGCCAGCACUAUGCGGGCUUCAUGGCUCAUCUCGAGGGGCAGCAGUUUGCCGCCCUGUACUGGUCACUCUUCUUCCUAGUCAUUUUCAUGCUAUUCACCACCGCCGCAAUCUUCCAAUGGGCCAUGGCUCGUAGGGAGGAGCACGAAAAUGGCGAACUAGACGACAAGUACUUCCGGCGGCGCUGGGUCACCGCCAUGCUCAUCUCGUUGUCCAUCUUCAUGAUCACCGCAGUGUUCUGCAUCAUGGAGGUUUUCACGCUCAUGGCUCUUCAAUUCUGCGAGGGAGAGCCUCUCAUCUCCUUGUACUGGUCUUCGUGGAUGAUGCUCCAGCUCGGCUCAGAGGUGGCCAUUCUUGGCAUUGUGCUGGCCAUGUGGCUUCACCUGCGUGGCAUUGACCAUCCCAAAUGGGCCCUGGCUCUUGGCACGCCUGUCCUGGUCGUUGCUGGCUUUGGGCACGUCUUCACGCACAUGGCCGAGAAGCGGAUCAAGAAGAUCUCGGAGAAGCGCAGUGAGCGCCGCUUCUCCCGCAGCACGACCCUGUCACGCAGUACCACUGUCAGACCGAUCGUGGAAAAGGAUGGUGGCUACUCGUCGUCGGCGCCUAGUAUCCGCCGCGAGCAAGCACCGAACAACACCGACGAGCAAGCGACAGCAUCUACCUCGCUGGCACCGUCGCCAUCAGCUUCUUCUCCCGUGCUGUCGCUCUCACGCCUCGAAGCUGGACGUCAGACCAGUAUUCGCAGCCCUAUGACAUCGGCUCCGGGUGCAGUCGCUUACUUCGCCCUCGAUGCUGGUGGCGAUGAGCGCAUUCAGACCUGGCCGGCUUUCAUGGGCCUGUCCGAGGAUGGCAAGUCUGUGCUCCGUCUCACAGCUCUUCCAUCAUUUGUUCCAAGCCCGGCUCCGACAGCUGGCCGGGCCAGCCCCGGCAAGGGUUGAGAUGUCUUG